GUCGCAACGCAAAUAUUUUGACGCAUAGCCGGCCACACAGGCGCUGCGCCAUCACAGCGUUACUGUGACGCAGUCUUAACGUUCCGUCGGCGCAGCGACGACGCACAGGUGCGGCAAGCAUUUUGUAAAAAUAUCGCAGUCAGUCUAUAGGAAAGCAUGGAUCGGAAAAGACGUCUAGCAUUGCUCCUAUUACUGCGUCACCGCCGAAAUCGACGCAAGAUCACAAGACGGUAUUGGGUCUGUCCUUUCAUUGCAUUAAGAAAUAGUGAUGGACAGUUUUUUUUGUUAGAAUAUCGGGAGCUGCUAUUAGACGAAAAGAAGUUUUAUAACUUUUUUAGAAUGAGUGUAUCCAGCUUCGAAUGUUUAUUGAAGUCCGUAGAACCACACAUACGAAAAAACUAUACUAAUAUGAGGAAUCCAGUGGAACCAGUAGAAAUGCUGGGAAUUACUUUAAGGUAAUAAUUUAUAUAAGUAAUUAAAAGAUAACAGUUUUUGUAAUUUGUUUAAUUAGUAAUCAACUCAAGUUUACAGAUUAUUUAACAAAUUACAAAAAUCGUAUUCGGUUUCUUCACUUGCUUGAGAUGUUUGAUCUGGAGAUGUAAUUGAAUUAUUAUUAUCAGAAUUGAAUGUACUUUGAAAAUUGCUUGUUUGAUACCCAUAUGAUAAUGGUUUUUGAGACGUUGAUGGGCCACUCACAUAUGAUGAUGUUUGUCCAUACCGCAUUUCGUCUAUCAUUUGUAUUACUUGACUUUGGAAACGGAGAGUUUGUCGGUCGGAAAAAUCUUGAAUUGAUGGCAAUAUACCUCUGAAAAAGGACAUAUGGCGAUUAUCCGGCUCCUUGAGAAGUUUUAGCCCUUCUCUUUCAAACUCAUCCAUUUGCAUUGCCCUUUUGCGCGCGACUGGAACAUAGCGCGGAGAGUCGUCUGUGGUAAUAUCAUCAUUUGUAGACGUAGAUUCAUUGUUGAUUUCUCUAGGCGAGUCUAAGCUAGAUUCGGUGGCAUUUUGUUCCACUCUUCUCAAAAAAAGAAGUUGAUUAUAUAAAUGAUACUUUUUCAGUUUCGUAGCGCCCGAGCCCGAUUUUGAUGCUUCUUUUAAUUUUUUUGAAUAUCUGAAGUAAUUAUCUUUUACACUUCUCCAUUUCGUCAUUAAAUCAUUACCUGCAAAACCAAUAGUAAACAUGAUUAAUUUAAUAAGUUAUACAUCGUGAAUUACUCGAUAAAAUUUAAUGACAUAUUCAGAUAUCGAUAACAAACACUAUGUGACCAACUCUGGAAUCGUGAAAAUAUAACAGCUGUUACAUACAAAAAUCAAUACCUACUGAAUCAAAAUGUAUGCAAGAGCUGUUAUUUUUUUCGUGAUUGCAGAAUUAAUUGGUCACGUAGAGAAAGUUGUUUGUUAUCGAUGUCUGAAUAUAUACCUAGGAAGUGGAAAUUCAAUAACCGAUUUACAUUUGAAAUUCAAACGGGGAAAAUCUACGAUUGCAUAUAUGAUACAAAGAGUUUGUCGUGCUAUCUGGACCAAUCUUCUUCGAGACAACAUCCCUGAACUGACAAUUGAAAGUUUCCAAACAAUAGCGAGCGAUUUUGAUGUAAAGGCAAAUUUUCCUCACUGUGUUGGUGCCAUCGACGGCAAACACAUCCGUGUGUGUAAUCCUGCACAUAGUGGCUCACUUUUUUAUAAUUAUAAAGCCUUUUUUUCGAUUGUGUUGCUAGCUAUUGUGGACUCAAAUUACAAAUUCGUUUUUGUCGACAUCGGUGCAUACGGAAAAGAAUGCGAUUCAACCAUAUUACUAAAUUCUAAACUGUACGAGCUAAUGAUUAACAACAACUUACCACUACCUCAACCCCAGCCACUCUCUGAUAGCAAUAUACCAACCCCGUAUGUAUUUGUGGGUGACGAAGCUUUUGGACUGAGCAAACAUAUUAUGCGUCCAUAUGGUGGUAAAAAUCUUGACUUACAACAAAAGGUUUUCAAUUAUCGUCUAAGCAGGGCCAGAAGAUAUGUCGAAUGCGCUUUUGGGAUUAUGGCAAACAAAUGGCGCAUUUUUCACAGACCGAUAGACGUGUCCUAUGACUUCGCUACUGACAUAAUGAAAGCAUGUUGUGUACUACACAAUUUUGUCGCUGAUCGAGAUGGUUUUAGACAAAGAGAUACAUUUGCUAUAAGUGUUGAUGAAUUUCUCCCAAUACAACCCGCAGAUGAAGAACAGACAGCACCGAAUGUCAUAAGACAGCAUUUUGCGACCUAUUUUAUGACUAGAGGAACUCUGCCUUGGCAACUAAAGAAGGUAUAAUAGUAUUAAAUAAAAAAAAACAAUAAAUAUCUGUACUGUGAACUCACCAACUUUGUUUUUUCGUUCAGCUGUGAAAUUCUCGUAAUCAGGAAAUAAAACUUUUGACAUUUCUUCC